GCAAUGGAAGAUAAAAAUUUCACCAAAGUGAAGGAGUUCAUACUUUUAGGGUUCAUAGUCGACUCGAGGUUACAGAGAGGGUUCUUUUUUAUCUUCCUCAUCAUUUAUGUCAUCAGUCUUUUAGGGAAUAUCACCGUGAUUUCUCUGAUCUGUGGUGAUUCACGGAUCCACACACCCAUGUAUUUCUUCAUUGGGAAUCUGUCAUUCCUGGAUCUCUGGUAUUCCUCUGUCUACACCCCAAAGAUACUAGUGACCUGCAUCUCUGAGGACAAAAGCAUCUCCUUCGCUGGUUGCCUGGCUCAGUUCUUCUUCUCUGCUGGACUGGCAUAUAGUGAGUGCUACCUGUUAGCUGCCAUGGCUUAUGACCGCUAUGUGGCCAUCUCCAAUCCCCUGCUUUAUUCCCAAGCUAUGUCUCCAAGGUUAUGUACCAGUCUUGUUGCAGCUUCAUACUUUGGUGGCUUUGUUAAUUCAACGAUCAUCACCAGUGAAACAUUUACCCUGAACUUCUGUGGCAACAAUAUCAUUGAUGAUUUCUUCUGUGAUCUUCCCCCACUUGUGAAGUUGGCGUGUAAUGUGAAUGACAGUUACCAGGCUAUGCUAUCCUUCAUACUUGCCACCAAUGUCAUUACUCCCACCGUGCUCAUUCUUGCCUCCUACCUCUUCAUCAUCGCCGCCAUCUUGAAGAUCCACUCUGCCCAAGGACGUUUCAAGGCCUUCUCCACUUGUGGCUCUCACCUGACAGCAGUCACCUUGUACUAUGGCUCCAUUCUCUUCAUUUACUCCCGGCCAAGCACUAGCUAUGCCUUGGAACGGGAUAAAGUGGUGUCAGUGUUCUAUACUGUGGUGUUUCCAAUGUUGAACCCCUUGAUCUAUAGCUUAAGAAAUAAAGACGUGAAAGAUGCCUUGAAGAAAAUGUUAGACAGAGCAAAGUUUUCUUAA